AUUUUGCAAGGACAUUUAAAAAUUUCUAAAAAAAAAAUUACUUUUAUUCUCAGUGUAAGAAAAAAAAAACACAUCAGGGACUCAUACCCAUUUACUUUAUAAUUCCAGGUCACUGCUGAAAUAUCCACACAUAAAAUUGGCCACAGUGACAGGAUAAAUGUCUUUCACAACUGUUCCCUACUUUCGUCGUAAUGAGCUAAGCUCAUGUGUGGUAAAGGAUUAAAACACAAAAAAAAGUAAAAAAAAAAAUAACAAAAAACUUACAGGACACUCAUAAUCAAAUCUCUUCGCAUAUCUGGUAUUUUCUGGGAAUCUGUUCACAUCAAGGACUAACGAAGGAGAUUCCUUGGAAUAACGAAAAAUAGCUGAGAUUUAAGCUGCAACCAUAAUUGAAACAGAAAACUACUGCUCUUGGUUUUUUGAGCUUAAAUAAAUUGUUGAAAUAAGCAGAUUCACGAAUUCAAAGCAUCAAAUCAAAAAGAAUAUUUACGGAUGCUGGCUUCGAAUCGAUUCUUCGCACGAAAUAGAAAGGAUGCACACCACAGUGAAAUUAUUCAAUUGCAGUUUUAGCGCCUAAGUCAUGUGAGAAACUUUUCAGCUGUAUCUACCUUUCUAUUGCAUGUGGCAUAGAAAUACAAUACCUAUAGAAGCAAGAGCACAACGAGGCUACGGAUGCGAAGAGUACCGAGAGUUGAACGUGUUUUGAUGUGUGUUUGUAUUUGGAUUUGAAGAAUUGGAGUGGAAGUGGAACAUUAAAUUGGAAAAUGCAGUUUCAUAGUUGAAAGGAUCAAGGAUAUACAACUAAAUGUUAUCAAUAUGAAAAUAUAUUGCGUUGCAAUUCGCUUGUCAGUUGCUCUUCUAUUCACGGCCCUCAUCCCACCGAUCAUGGGUGACGACUGGUCAGCAAGCUGUGCCUCAAAUUGCACCUGCAAAUGGACCAAUGGCAAAAAAUCAGCCAUCUGCAGUUCUCUCGAAUUGACCACCAUACCCACUACCCUUAGCACCGAACUGCAAGUACUCGUUCUCAAUGACAACCAUAUACCAAAUUUGAACCGCGAAGAAUUCACCAAUUUAGGUCUGCUAAAUUUACAACGAAUAUAUCUGAAGAAAUCCGAAAUUCAAUACAUACACAAGGAAACUUUUAAGAAUUUGAAAAUAUUAGUUGAAAUCGAUUUGAGUGAUAAUAAAAUAGAAAUGAUCGAUAAAGAUACUUUUAUGGGCAAUGACAGGCUGCGAAUACUCUAUUUAAAUGGUAAUCCAUUGAAAAAACUUGUAGCCUAUCAAUUUCCAAUACUGCCUCAUUUGCGAACAUUAGAUUUGCAUGAUUGUCUGAUUAGUUAUAUUGAUCCAAUGGCUUUAGCUAAUUUGAAUUUGUUAGAAUUCCUAUAUCUCAAAAACAAUCUAUUGGAAAGCUUGUCGGAAUAUGUCUUCCAACACAUGACCAAUCUCAAGACUCUAGUAUUGGAUGAAAAUCCUUGGCAAUGUAAUUGCAAAUUGAGAAAAUUCCGAACGUGGUAUGUCCAAAAUAAACUUAACAGCAUAAGUCUAACUUGCAAAGGUCCUUAUCAGCACAAAGACAAACACUGGGAAGUUGUGGAAGAAGCCCAAUUCGGAUGUCCUCCAAGAGUGGAAAUUUUCAGCAACGAAGAUGUUCAAAAUAUCGAUAUUGGAAGCAAUACUACAUUCAGCUGUCUUGUUUAUGGAGACCCUAUGCCCGAAGUGUCUUGGGAACUCAAUGGAAAAAUCCUUGACAACGACAAUGUCCUUUUCGAUCAGGAUAGCAUAACUAGCGACAAGCUUUGGAGCAACUUGACAGUCUUCAAUAUGACCAGUUUCGAUGCAGGAACUUAUUCAUGUGCCGCCCAGAACGUUGUUGGCUCUGCAAGUCAAAACAUAAGCAUUUACUUGACUGAAAUCGUUCAGCAUGUUUUGGUGAAGACCCCUGAAACUUUUUGGUACUUCGGACUAAUCAUGGGCACUUUCGGAACCGUUUUCCUUUUGAUUCUAAUAUCUUUUGUAGUCUGCCUCUGCAAAAGAACCCAGCGCCAGAGGCGACACCCAAAUAAGAAUAUCAAAGGCAGCGUCAGUUUCAACGAUCAGGAGAAAAAACUACUAGACUUGAGCAUUACCACAACAACCAAUGAUCGUGGUGAUAGCUGCGCAGGCAUCGAUAACAACGGCCCCGUAAUUAAUAAGACUGAAUCCAUAAUUGGGUUUGAGCCAAUGGAAAUCACAGUAGAGAACCAUCAUCGAGGAAUCGGUCCUCAUCAUCAACAGGUCAGUAUUCCAAUGCAAUCCGGCCAUCCGUCACAUCGACAACAGCAACAACAACAACAACAGUUAAUGUCAGCGGAAGGUCAAUGUGGAGUUGUCGGAUUGCAGAAUUCCAAUCCGAAUCAAAUUCCUGAGGAAUUCCCUCUCAACGUUGGAGUCUUCCCACCGCCACCAGAAUUCUGUUCAAAUGUCGUCACCAAUCCGGCAUAUGGAAAUAUAUUUAUAUCCGUUUCGGUGACACAGGAUAUGCUUGACAGUUCCGACAUCAACAUCUAUCCGGACCUGUUGAAUAUACCGAAACGAGUGGUGGAUGGUAGUUCGGCAAGUAGCAGCAGUGGCAGUAGUUCAGUGGUGCAACAGCCAAUGUUGCCAGUUAAUGUGUCGUCAUUUGCCACUUUGCCCAGAAACAAUCAGCGUCGGGGUAUACUUAAAAAGGAUCCUUCGGUGCAGACGAAUUUAUAUCCACACGAUGAGAUUGUGAGUUAUCACAAUUUGGAUACUAGUUACAGUCAGGGGUACAAUCAUCAGCAGGAGCAUUUGCAGCAGCAGCAGCAGCAACAAAUGCAGCAGCAACAGCAACAUCAGCAUCAGUUGCAUGCAUUGCAUCAUCAUCAACAGCAACAACAACAACAACAACAACAACAGCAACAUACAUCGGCGGCGUCAGGGGGUGGCGGCAGGUGUAGCAGUAGCAGUAAUAGUAGCAGUGGAACGGCAACCGGAAGUAGUUGUUCGAGUAAUUGUGGCCUAAAGGCACCGACGUGUGUUAAUUGUAUGAAAGGACCUCCGCCUCCGCCGUUGGCAUAUGCCAAUGACUCGGAUGGUGGAACGUCGUUAACGUGCAUUGGUGGUCAAAUGCGGUCGUUGGGAGCGAAGAGUUCAGCUUUAGGUGGUGCUUGUUUGAAAUACGACAAUAUGGGCCGAAGGAUAACAGCCAGUGGUAAUUCGACGUUGUCACUGCCUGAUGAGGAGAGGCUUGAGAAUGAGACGUUAUUUAAUGAGGGUAACCCGCUGACAACUACAUUUCCCAAUAAUAAGCAGCAACAACAACAACAACACCAGAGGGAUUCACAGCAACAACAGCAGCAAGAAAUAAAUGGUGCAACAACAUCAUCAGGUUCGUCCUCAUCAUCGUCAUCAUCAUCAUCAUCGAAACAAUCGCAAACAUGCGGCCAAAGUGAAAUGCAGGGUGGUAGUGAUUUUGUAUCACUGUAGUAGUAGUUAUAUAGUGUGUAGGAAUAAAUAAAGACAGACAAGAUGUAUGUAGGUGGUAUAAAUGAUAAAAACACAUAGCGUAAUGUAGGAAAAAAAAAAACAACUAAAUUAAAUUAAAUUUAAAUUAGGGCAAAAUUGUAAAGUAUACUGUUAUGGCAUUUUUUUUUUUGUUUUUUGUUCGUUUCUUUUGUUUUUAAAUUGGAUGUGUGGCUGGAAGGCAUUUUUAAUAUUUGUAUGUGUCUUGUACGACAAGUUGUUGUUAUGAAUACCAGAGUUAUGCGCGACAAAGUUACGCGCGUCAAAAUUAGGGAAAAACGAAGUUACGAAAAACCGAAGUUACGAAAAACCGAAGUUAUGAAAGACCGAAUUUACGAAAAACCGAAAUUAUGAAAAACCAGAGUUAUGAACACCAAAGCUAUGAAACGUGGUUUUUGGGUUGGCAACAGUUGAUUUUAAAUAUUUUUUUUUUUAAAUUAAGUCAUUUUUUAGAAAAUCCGCCUUCCCUGCUAAACGGAGGGGAAUGGACACCCUCGUCCCAUACAAUUUUUUCUUGCCUUGACUCAACCUAUACGCUCUAGCUUUUUGGUACGUUCCUCCCGUAUAUUGUUCAUCUCAAUGGUUGCCAACCCAAAAAAAAAUCGUUUCAUAGCUCAUAAUUCUGGUUUUUCGUAACUUCGGUUUUUCGUAACUUCGGCUUUGCGUAACUCUAUCGCGCAUAACUCUGGUAUUCAUAACUUUGUCGGUUUCCCGAAAAAACUAUACAAGCUCAUUAAUUUUUCUUCAUCGUUUUAAAAUUGAUAAAACUGGUAAACAA